AUGAGUGACUGCGAAAGCUUCAUCUCCAUCGACAACACCAACAACGAUGACACAGCUACGAGCGAAGAAAAGCAACCCAUCAACCUGGACAAGUUCUUGGACUACGACAUAGACUUCAUCAAUGGGUCGGACAGGUACAAGUACGUAGGAGCAGACAUAACGCAGAGAUAUGACUACUUCGACAUAAAAAAUGAGCGCGUGGCAUUUCUCCAGGGAGAUAAUGUCAAGUAUAGCAACAUCGCUCUGGGCAACCGAAAAAAGGAACAGGUAAACACCUUCAUGAAAAUAAAAAAAGAAUUGUACACCAUAGCGUAUAAGAAUUAUAAGUAUAAAAUGGAGGAAUCGGCCGACACGGAAAAAAGAACCGUGGGGGAGGAACUCGAUAGUGCAGGGGAGACAUCCGCGUGGGCCACCGCUACAGGGGCAGCCGCUUCUUUCUUCAGUGAUGGCAGCACAAAAUGGAAGGAUAAAGGAGAAAAGGCGUACGACGUGCUGAACAAUGAUUUGGGAGCCGUGCUGGGGAACAAAAUCGAAGACACCUACAAUGAAAUAAAAAGUAGCGUCAAUUGGUUGGGCAACUUCUUCUCCAACAAUGAACAAAGUGAUGAGAAAAAAAAAAUAAAUAUUUUCUACAGUGAUUUAUACUUCCUUAGUGACAUCACCAUUUUGCGAUUUCUGGACACGUACGAUUAUAAUUUGCUAAAAACGUCCAAUAAAAUUAUAAAAUUUAUUUUGUGGAGACAAAUGACCAUUUCGGUUUUUAACAAAAGCCAGUGGAAGAUAAAGAGGGGGACAAGCUCGAUGGAACGGGGGAAGGACGAGGCCAUGGCGUCUAUGGCGACCGCAUCAGCGAUAGCAACAACGACUUCUUCCGCGACGGUGACCAAGUGCAGCGCUAAUCCGAUCGGCAACACGGGGGAUCGAGACAACGCCUUCAUCAACCCUGUGCACAUUAAGGACAUUCUAAUGAAGACCAACAUCUUCAGGUGCGGCUGUGAUAAAAAAUCCAGACCCAUGCUUUAUAUAAAAAUACAGGAAAAAUUAAACAUGGAAGAGGAUGAACUAUUCCUGCUGCUCGUUUAUCAUGUCGACAUGUGCAUGAACAGCAUUGACUAUUCAAAAUGUUACGAAGAAAAGGGAAAAGCAAAUAGUGCGAAUGGAAACACGGAGGGGACAUCCCAAUUCGAUGAGUCCACUUUGCAGCUAGUCAUCAUUGUAGACUGCCAAAAAUUUGAAUUAAAUAAUAUGAUCAGCGUUGAUUGCAUUAAAAAGAUAAUUAACAUUUUUAACGAAUUUUACACCGAUGUUCUGUACCGAAUUUAUGUUAUAAAUGUUCCCAGCUUUUUUAAAAAAGUCUGGUCCCUUUUUAAUAUGUUUAUCGAUAAUCACACAUUGAAGAAAAUUAUGUUUAUAAAUAAAAAAAACAUCAGCUUGAUGUACGACCAUAUUGAUGCACACGUCAUGAAGCAUUUCGAUAAACACGCCGAUAAACACGCUGAGAAAGACAAAGACAAAUCCGCUUCCGACUCCUCCUACCUUUUCUUCCCCUCCACCUCCCUGUACUAUAAGUACGACGAGAUGUACUAUAAGAAGCUCAUUGGUUACGUGGACACUUGGGUGGGUAGGAUGGUCCAGGCUAACCACUGA